AACACUAAAGUGAUAUUUUGGCAUUUGCUAUUGAAAGUCAAAAACUUUUAGCAACUUUGAGAGACACAGAAUAAUUUAGAAUCCGUAAAACUAUAGAGUUUCUUACCUUAAAGAAAAUACACUUAAAAGUUUAUCCAAAUAUAAAGUCGUUAAAAUUUUAUUUGAAAUAAUAGGGUCGUAGCACGGUGAUAGGAAAACGUAUCAUCACAACCAACAAGCAACAACAACACCACACCAGCGCCCUGACUCCGACCCUUUAUUUGCAAUAUUUGGUUGAAAGCUUAUAAACACAAGGAAUCAGCAAAUAUACUAAUAACAGCCGCAUCGAGAGCAAGAAAUACAAAUUCUACAGAUAAUCCUAUAUAAGAACAAAAUAUACAGAUAAACGGAAGUGCGAGGAGAACGUUAUGAUUAAAUUAUUUUCUCUAAAACAACAAAAAAAGGAUGGCGAACAGUUGGCUCGCACCGGGCAGCAAAAGAAAGCAUCGGCUGCGCAACUACGUAUACAAAAAGAUAUUAACGAGUUAAACCUGCCGAAAACAUGCGCCACUGAAUUUCCCGAUCCAAAUGACUUGCUCAAUUUUAAGCUCACAAUUUGUCCUGACGAGGGUUUCUAUAGAAAUGGACGUUUCGUUUUCAGUUUUCGUGUGGGUCCUAACUAUCCACAUGAACCGCCAAAAGUAAAGUGUGAAACACAAGUUUACCAUCCAAAUAUCGAUUUGGAGGGCAAUGUUUGUUUAAAUAUUUUGCGCGAAGACUGGAAUCCAGUAUUGACAAUUAGUUCGAUUGUUUAUGGAUUGCAAUUUCUGUUUUUGGAACCUAAUCCCGAAGAUCCACUGAAUAAGGAAGCAGCCGAUCAAUUGCAAUCAAACCGUGCACUUUUCGAACGUAAUGUCUUAAGGGCGAUGCAGGGUCAUAUGGUGGGUGAUACCCAAUUUGAGGCAUGCCUUAAGUGAUACCGAGAGUCAACUUUUUAAUUUUAGGAUUAGCGUCUACCUUGUCAACUUUAAUUAUUAGGUUUAGGUGGACGUUUUUAUAUUAAUUUAACUUUCAAUAAUAAUUAAAGAAGGAAAGCAGAAA